CAACUCAACAUCCCUAGACCAUACGUAUCUGUUUCCUUGUCUGCUACAAAGAGAAGAGAAAUAUGCAUAUUCUCUGACGCCUCCACUAUGGCUAUCGCAUAUGUCGCCUACCUUAGGGUAAUAGACACUGAGGGACAAAGUCAUGUCGGGUUCCUCAUGGGAAAAUCUAAGCUGGCUCCCAGACCGGCUCACACUGUCCCACGUCUAGAACUUUGUGCUGCUGUCUUAGCUGUAGAGAUGGCAGACAUGAUUACAACAGAACUGGACAUCGAGAUCCAUGCAAUGAACUUUUAUACAGACAGCAAGAUUGUGUUAGGAUAUAUUCACAAUGCUUCAAGAAGAUUUUAUACAUACGUGGCCAACAGAGUGACACGUAUCAGAAAGUCUACAAGUCCAGAACAGUGGCAUCACAUCAGCACAGACAAGAACCCAGCUGAUCAUGGGACAAGACUGGUGCCAGCCGCUGCGCUCAAGCAAACUAACUGGUUUGUAGGUCCAUCCUUUCUUCGUAAACCAGAAACCAAAGAAACUACUCAGGUAGAGACCUUUGAACUCAUAGAACCAGAUCAAGACAAAGAGGUAAGACCUCAAGUGACAGUUUGUAGGACUAUAGUUACAAGAGACAGUCUGGGCACUCAUAGAUUUGAAAGGUUUUCCAGCUGGAAGUCGCUGACCCGUGCAAUCGGAAAACUUAUCUGUCUAGCCAGAUCCUCCUGCAGAGCUACCAAUACUGAUCAGCGUAGCAACGACCACCUUGAACAAGCCAAGGUCACGAUCAUCAGAUGCGUCCAACAGGAAGUCUUUAAAGAAGAAAUCCAAGGCCUUCUGAAAAAGGAAGAGAUUUCUCAACACAAUUCACUCAAGGACUUGUACGCCAAGCAAUGGAAACAAGUUCAAAGUCUUGCGGACAUUUUCUGGAAGAGGUGGAGACAGGAAUACCUGGUGAUCUUCCAGCCAUGCAAGAAAUGGCAAGAUGACAAACCCAAUUUACAAGUUGGAGACGUUGUCUUACUGAAAGACUCUCAGGCCCACAGGAACGAGUGGCCUAUUGGACUCAUUGUGGGGACUGAUCCUAGUAGUGAUGCUAGAGUUAGAAAGGUUGAAGUUAGGAUUGUUAGACAGGGCAUUCCCAAAGUGUAUGCAAGGCCAAUUUCUGAAGUAGUUUUACUUCUGUCCAAGGGUUAGUGGCAUAACAAAAAAGUAUGCCAGGUGGGGAGUGUGCUGCCUUCGCAAUGUAUUUUACAUGCUUGGCACUCAGCAGGGUCUGUUCCUUUAAGACCCUCCAUUUUCUUGAAGCCUAGAGGCGGGCCUUCUCUCUAAAGCAUAGGGCUAGAUCCGGCAUGUCUCAUUCAUUCCAGCUCCAGCCACCACAGUGACCAGAUCCACAGGACUUCUUAAAGCUAAUACAGACUGCAAAUCUGAUAAAUACCAAAGCCUUUUUACCGCACUUUCA